AAAAAAAGAAUUGUGAACAUCUAACAAAGCUGAAUGUUGGAAGAUUCAGGACAGAUAAAAGAAGGUCCUCCUUCACACAGUGCCGUUAAACUGGAAUUUGCUUCUGCAGGAGGCAGUGAUGGCCCCCAACUUGGAUGACUUUAAAAGAGGAUGAAACACAUUCAUUGAGGACAAGGCUAUCAGUGGCUACUAGCCACAAUGCCUGUGUUGUACCACCACUGUCACAUGUCAUACUUCCGAAUACCAGUUGCUGAGAAUUGUACCUCGGGAGAGUGCUAUUGCAUUCAUGUCCAUCUUGCGGGCUUCCCGCAGACAUCAGGGCAAAUGACUCAGCUUUGUGAACUGAUCAACAAAAGUGGAGAGCUGCUAGCAAAAAACCUUUCUCACCUGGAUACGGUGCUCGGUGCCCUGGAUGUUCAAGAACACUCCUUAGGGGUUCUUGCAGUCUUGUUCGUGAAGUUUUCCAUGCCCAGCGUCCCUGACUUCGAAACGUUAUUCUCGCAGGUCCAGCUUUUUAUCAGUACUUGUAAUGGGGAGCACAUUCGAUACGCAACAGACACUUUUGCUGGCCUGUGUCAUCAGUUAACCAAUGCCCUUGUGGAGCGGAAACAGCCCCUGCGAGGAAUAGGCAUUCUCAGGCAAGCCAUAGACAAGAUGCAGAUGAACACCAACCAGCUGACCUCAAUACACGCAGAUCUUUGCCAGCUCUGUUUGUUAGCAAAAUGCUUUAAACCUGCCCUUCCGUAUCUAGAUGUGGACAUGAUGGAUAUUUGUAAGGAGAAUGGGGCUUACGAUGCAAAGCACUUUCUAUGUUACUACUACUAUGGUGGCAUGAUAUACACUGGGCUGAAGAACUUUGAAAGAGCGCUGUACUUCUAUGAGCAGGCUAUAACAACUCCUGCCAUGGCAGUCAGUCAUAUUAUGUUGGAAUCCUAUAAAAAGUAUAUCCUAGUUUCAUUGAUACUACUUGGCAAAGUGCAGCAACUUCCGAAGUAUACCUCCCAGAUAGUGGGUAGGUUCGUUAAGCCACUUAGCAACGCCUACCAUGAAUUAGCGCAAGUGUAUGCAACCAAUAAGCCCUCGGAGCUACGGAAUCUGGUGAACAAGCACAGCGAGACCUUCACUAGGGAUAAUAAUAUGGGUCUGGUGAAGCAGUGCUUGUCAUCUCUCUAUAAAAAGAACAUUCAGAGGCUAACUAAGACAUUUUUAACACUGUCGUUACAAGACAUGGCAAGUAGAGUGCAGCUAUCAGGGCCUCAGGAAGCAGAAAAAUAUGUCCUUCAUAUGAUAGAAGAUGGCGAAAUCUUUGCAAGUAUUAACCAGAAGGAUGGUAUGGUUUGUUUCCAUGACAACCCUGAGAAGUACAACAAUCCAGCUAUGCUUCACAAUAUCGAUCAGGAGAUGCUGAAAUGUAUAGAGCUUGAUGAGAGACUGAAAGCCAUGGAUCAGGAGAUCACUGUGAACCCUCAGUUUGUGCAGAAGAGUAUGGGCUCCCAGGAAGACGAAUCAGGAAGCAAACCAUCCAGUUAUUCUUGAAAAUCACAUUUUACUUGCUACUCUGUCGUAGAGCAACAAAAAACCGAAAAAAAACUAAAGAGAACCACCUUUAGGAUCAGAGUGUUAAAAAAAAUUGAACUGUUUCGCCUGGACAUUGAGCAAAAUUAAAAUGAUGUCUUCUCAGUACUGUGUGAUUCCCCAAAUAUUCUCUGCAAGGAAAGGAAAAAAUCUCAUUCUGUUGUGGAUUUAUCUUGAGGUUAACAUCGUUAAUGCAUUAAAUAAUUUACUUUUUGUUUUA